GUGUUCUGCUCUGUACCAUUAGUUUUCUGAUGUUAAAUAUUUCAGCAGGUAACUUCCAGGACUGUCCUGGUGGCUGUGAUCACAAAUGAUUCAUCAGAGCCACUUGAACAAGAAAAGCCUUUCUGAAUAAGGGCAUUUCUGAGGCUCUUACUGGUUUUUUUGCCUUUCAGUUGACCAUUUUUGACAUCAGGAACUUGGGACUCAGGUUCAGGAAGAAGCCGGACAGCCCUCAGGAGACAAAGUUGCCCAAGAUUGUCCAGCACCCAGGCAGAAGUGAGAACUCCAAAUACAAGUUCUCAUCACCUGACCAGAACAAGACCUUGCUUGAGCCUUACCCAUCCGAGCUGGUGUUUCAGAACUAUGUCCUUGGCAAGGUCUGUGAAAUGUCCCUGCUUCUGAGGAAUAGAAGCAAGGUUACUCGGCUGGUGAAGGUCACCAUGGACAGCUCACCUUAUUUCAAGUUGGUCGGCCCCAAUGGUGUGUACCAUCAGGUCCCACCGGGCUCAUUUUGCACUAUAAAAAUCCUUUUCAUCCCUGAGGGGAGCAAGUCUCUUUUCCUGCAAGACCAUUUCCACGAGCUUGUCUGCAUCUGCAAAAAGGAAAAGCUCACUGUGCCAGUCCGGGCCGUUGGUGCCCGCCCAGUCUUGGACUUCCCUGACCAGCUGGACUUCUCGUCGUGUCCAGUCAACCACAGCACCCAGAAGACUCUGCUG